CGCCGCAGCGACAGCCAUGGCGCCCUACGACAGCGACUCCUCGGAUGGCGGCGACGACUAUACCGAGACCAAUGUGCUCCUGGGCUACGCGACCAAGGACACCACAAGCGACGCCAUCUCCCACCUUGGGGGCGCUCCGAGUUGGAUCGACGAUAAGACAGCCCCCUCGGGCGCAUUGGCAAAGUGCAAGGUCUGCAAUGGCCUCCUCAGUCUUCUGCUCGAGCUCAACGGCGACAUGCCCGACACGUUUCCCGGCCACGAGCGACGACUGUACAUUUGGACGUGUCGGCGCAAGACGUGCCGGAGGAAGGAGGGCAGCGUGAGGGGCAUUCGCGGCGUGCGGGUCGCAAAGGGCGCGAGCAACAAGAUGCCUGCGCCCAAGGCUGAGAAGAAGGAAGAGAAGCAGGAAGAGAAGCCGCAGCCCCAGAUUGGCGAGUCGCUCUUUGGAGUCAAGAAUGGCACAGCCGCCGCGACGUCUGCAAACCCCUUCUCGAACCCAUUUUCCUCCAAGCCAAACGGCAAUGCGGCAUCCAACCCGUUCUCGUCGCAGUCAGCGAGCGCAAACCCCUUUGGCGCCCCAGCCCCUGCACCCGCAGUGCAAACCAUCGCAUCCGAAGAGAACAAGGACGAGGCACCUACAACCCUUGCAGAGACUUUUGCAUCCAAAGCGCGCAUCUCGCUGCCACCUGCCGAACAACAGCCCCCAAGACCACACGAGCCAUGGCCAGCGGAGUCAGCCUUCCCCACGCCGUUUCCGCACUACUACCUGGAUGCAGAAUACGAGACACUAGAUGUCCCAUCAGCACCCUCAAUACCAGCAAAUGCGCGCAUGGAAAUAGACAAUGAAGGCAGCGGAAGCGGAGGGGGCAAAGAAGACAAGGAGAUUUUCGAAUCUUCCAUGGACAGAACAUUCCAAAAAUUCGCAGACCGGGUAGGCGAGAACGCCGAGCAGGUUCUGCGGUAUGAGUUCAAGGGCAAGCCACUGUUGUACAGUGACAGCGACGCUAUUGGAAAGGCUCUAGCGCCGCACUCGGAAAAUGGCGCAUCCUCUAAUGCUAAGGUUACAACAGCAGCAUCAAGAAGCGGACCAGGUUUCCCUCGCUGCCAGACAUGUGGUGCAGAUAGGGUUUUUGAGGUUCAGCUGACACCACAUGCCAUCACGGAGCUGGAGGCUGAUGAAAUGACGCUUGAUGGCAUGGAAUGGGGCACCAUCAUCAUGGCUGUUUGCAGCAAAGACUGCAAACCAAACGACGUUCCGGAAGGCGAAGUGGGUUAUGUAGAAGAGUCGGUUGGCGUACAAUGGGAGGAGGUUGCUGCAAAGAAGUAGGACGGAAUGAUACCUUUGCGCUGUCAAUGCCAAGAUGUCGAAAGAGCGGUCGGAUUGUUUCCACCUUGGUCACACUACCGACUCACAGAUUUCCACAUUGGACAUACAUGAAAUUUGGUAGCCUACGUGCGCUGGUCCCAUCGAACUCGUAGUAUGCCCCGCGCGGCGUACACGCGAU